AGGUCUGCUAGCUUGAUGCAGGGGUGCUGCUGUCGACAGCCCACAGCUCCAGAAAAUAAAGCAGACUUAAUUUAUCCCGGGUUAUCAUAAUCGUUCCGGAAGAUGGUGGCUAAACAGAGGAUCCGGAUGGCCAACGAGAAACACAGCAAGAACAUCACGCAGAGAGGAAACGUAGCCAAGACGCUGCGACCACAAGAGGAGAAGUAUCCUGUGGGUCCCUGGCUGCUUGCCCUCUUCGUAUUUGUUGUGUGUGGAUCAGCCAUAUUUCAGAUAAUCCAGAGCAUCCGUAUGGGGAUGUGAUGCAGAAGGAAACACCCAGACUCCCUUAUCCCACUCAUGGCCUCACUGAGCCUGGCUAGCCCGCACCUGCACAGCCCCGACCCCUUCCAGAGGCCCAGAGACUGACACCAGAGCUUCGGAUCCAGCAGAGGGAGAAGCUUCCCCGACCAUUGCCUCAACCCGCCCGUCCCGGGGACACCCCCCUGCCCCCAAUCAGCGUUUACAGUGUUGCAGUCUGUGGUACUGACAGCUUUUCUAUGGACAGUCUAAAACCACGCCGGCUGGAGAACAUGUGUGUCUCAUUACUCACUUGGCACCUGAGUGUGAGUGUAUGCGUUGUGAGUGCCUGUUGAUGUGAGAGUGUGUACGGCCAGUGAUUCCUGCUGACAAUGUGCCAUAUCUGUCUGUGUAAGUAUUGGUCUGUGUUACGUGAGAAGAGUCUUUUUUCAAAUAAAUGUCAAACAUUUAGGGAGCGCCCAGUUUAA